AUGGAGGAGGCAUCCGCCGAGGCGUGGGGAAAGCAUCUGCUGCGAGACCGCUCCGUCAUCAUCGACACAUUUCAGGCGCGCCGCCCACAGCCCGCAGCUGCCCAAUGCAUCGGCCAACUCAAAUCUGUGCUGCGCUGCUCCGUCUGUGGCGCGACGCGCACCAAGUUUGACCCGUUCAUGUACCUCUCACUGCCGAUGCCGCGGGUCGGCGCCGGCGAGGUGCUGACGCUCGAGCGUUGCUUGCGCGAGUUUAUGCGUGAGGAGCGGCUCGACGGCGACAACUUGUGGCGCUGCUUCUGCUGCAACGACUUCCGGCCCGCCACAAAGACGCUCUCUAUCUGGAAGCUCCCCUCGCACCUCGUCGUCCACCUCAAGCGCUUUGGCGCCGUGCCCGACAUCAGCCGGAUCGACCUCUCGCACCUAGUGGGCCAGGCGGCGACGGCGGGGGAUUUGGGGCAAGCGGAGGCGGGGCAGGCCGCCGUCCAUGCGGCGGGAGGCGGCGAGCGUGGCGGGCCGGCACAGCCGUAUGAGCUGUACGCAGUCUGUAACCACGUUGGCUCGCUCUCGGGGGGGCACUACACCGCAAUGGCGCGUUGCGCUUCCGACGGCCGCUGGUGCGAACGCGAGCUUCCGUGGUGA